CUAUUGGUAAAUCAGCAGAAAAGCAAAAUCACCGCAAAUCACGAAGCCUGGUGCUCACUCACUAUUCUAGCAUCACACACACCAGAUCGACCUUCCCUAUUUUUUCCCGAAAAACAUAAGGGAAAAAAAGAAACUGCUUUAUUACGCUCUUGUACAGACACAGAAACAUACUCAGGAAAAAAGAAUCGAAAGAAAAUGGGAGGGAGAUUGAAAUAGCCUCAAAGCAAAAAAGCGGGCAAUUUGUAAAUAUUUGGCUCUAGCUUAGCCCUUCCCCCCAGAAAAAAGAAAGAAAGAUUUAUUUAUUUGUUCUAAUCAAUCAAACUGUUGUCCCCUCUCUCGAAUUUAGAGCUCUUUUUUUCUUUUGUUGUUUGUUUCUUAUUAUCAUUAUUAUUAUUAUUUUUUUUUAAAAAAAUCACAGCGAGAGAACAGCUCAGGCUCCUCCUACUCCGCUUCUUCAUCUCCUUAAAAAUCCCUAAUCUUGGAUUAAGAGUGGAAAAAUGGUGGCUGUUUGUGUUGAUAGUAGUCGCGAGGUGGAAAGAGAAAAGGAAAACAAGAGUAUUACAGAAGGAACGAUGAAGAGAAGAGUGAGUGCGAGAAUACAAGCAACCAAACAACAGAGAGCGGAGAAGGAGGAAUUAGUGAGAAAGAGAGUGGAGUUAUUAGAUGAGAAUGGUGAGAGGAAUAAGAAAAGGGCAAAUGUGUUUAGUAGAAGAAGGGUAAAUGUGGAUGAUGUUAAUGAGGAGCAUAAGCAUGAGCAUGAGCAUGAGCAUGAACAUCAGGAUGAACAUGAGGAGGUUAUGGUGGUAAAGGAGAAGGAAAAGGAAAUGCAGGUCAGCAGUACUGAAGCUUUGAAGAGUCAAGUAGCGAAUGUGAAUGAGAAAAUUGCGGGAGUUGUUACGGAAAAGAGUGUUAAUGCUAGGGUUAAAGAAACCCUUAGAUUAUUCAACAAGCAUUAUCUCCAUUUUGUACAGGAAGAGGAGACGAGGUGCCAAAAGGAACAAGUCGAUAAAAAGGCUGCAAAAAAUUCCAAAUCAAAGAAAAAGAAUGCGGUUGAAAUUGAUACUAAGAAGAAGGCCAAACGUCCUGACUUAAAAGCAAUAUCCAAGAUGAUCGAGACUAAUGCUAUAAUGUACCCUGAGAAAAAGAUUGGUGACCUUCCAGGUAUCGAUGUUGGGCAUCAGUUCUAUUCACGUGCGGAAAUGGUUGCAAUUGGUUUUCAUAGCCACUGGCUGAAUGGGAUUGACUAUAUGGGGCUGUCCUAUAGUAAGGAAUACAGAGACUAUACAUUCCCUAUUGCGAUAGCCAUUGUUUUGUCAGGAAUGUAUGAGGAUGAUCUUGAUAAUGCAGAGGAUGUUAUCUAUACCGGUCAAGGUGGACAUGACUUAACGGGGAAUAAGCGUCAAAUUCGCGACCAAGUUAUGGAGCGUGGUAAUUUAGCACUCAAGAAUUGUGUGGAGCAAAGUAUGCCUGUACGAGUUGUUCGUGGCCACGAAUCUACCAGCAGCUACAGUGGCAAAGUUUACACAUAUGAUGGGUUGUACAAGGUUGUUCAAUAUUGGGCAGAGAAAGGCAUUUCUGGAUUCACCGUGUAUAAGUAUCGUCUAAGGAGGCUGGAAGGGCAACCAACACUGACCACUAACCAGGUUCAUUUUGUAUAUGGACGCGUUCCUCAAUCAAUUUCAGAAAUUAGAGGAUUGGUGUGCGAAGACAUUAGUAGGGGCCAAGAGGUUGUUCCAAUUCCAGCUACAAAUUUGGUUGAUGAUCCACCUGUUCCACCGACAGGUUUUACAUAUCGGAAAGCUCUUCAAGUUUCCAAGAAUAUUAAGCUUCCCACUAAUGCUGUUGGAUGUGACUGCAAAGGAGCUUGUUUAGAUCCUCGGACAUGUGCUUGUGCCAAGCUUAAUGGCUCCGAUUUUCCGUAUGUACAUCGUGAUGGUGGCAGGCUAAUUGAAGCCAAGGCAAUAGUCUUUGAAUGUGGUCCAAACUGUGGCUGUGGAUCUCAUUGCGUCAAUCGGACAGCUCAGAGAGGACUGAAGUACCGUUUUGAGGUUUUUAGGACCCCCAAGAAAGGUUGGGCUGUAAGAUCAUGGGACUUCAUACCUUCUGGGGCUCCAAUUUGCGAGUACGUGGGGGUGCUACGUAGGACAGAAGACUUGGACAAUGUGUCUGAGAAUAAUUACAUAUUUGAAAUUGACUGCCUGCAGACCAUGAAGGGAAUUGGUGGAAGAGAGAGGCGAUUGGGAGAUGUAUCAGUACCGACAAUUAGCAACACUGAGAGACUCGAUGAUCAGAAAUCUGAAAGUGUGCCAGAAUUCUGCAUUGAUGCAGGUUCCUAUGGAAAUAUUGCCAGAUUCAUCAACCAUAGUUGUGAGCCUAAUCUGUUUGUUCAGUGUGUUUUGAGCUCGCACCAGGAUCUCAAACUUGCUAGGGUGAUGCUAUUUGCAGCUGACAACAUACCUCCGUUGCAGGAGCUUACUUAUGACUACGGCUAUGCCCUUGAUAGUGUCUCUGGCCCUGAUGGAAAAAUAAUACAGAUGGCUUGCUAUUGUGGUGCAGCAGGUUGUAGAAAGCGUUUGUUCUAGUUUUAGCUGCUGCUGCUACUCAUUUUGCUAGAGUACUGGGCCAUAUGGCGUAAAAUCGGAGUAGUAGGUAUGUUGCUGCAGCUUGUAUAUUUUUUCUUUCUGCUAGCAUGUAGUGUUAUGACCUCCAAGCCUAGAUGCGCUUUUCAGUGGGGUUCGUAUACUUGAUUAAGCCCUGAAUGACAAAGGUCAAACUGAAAUGAUAUUAUAGCUGAGAACAAUCGAGGAAAAAGAAGGAAAAGGAAAUUUUGUACUAUGGAAAGUUGUAGAGCAACACAUCAUUUACAACCACAGUAUUCGCUUUAAGGUUUAUAUUCUCAAUGAGAGCCAUGGAAAAUUGUCACAUUUGCUCAUGUAAAUUCUGAUAAUUGUCGACUGUGAAAAGCUUAACCAAGCUUCUUGAUAUUUUGGCACGUACCAAACCUUUUUUCUUUGUAUUUAGGGUUAAUUUUUUUUCUUUAUAUAUCUCUAUAUACGUUAUUUCAAAAAAUAUGUAAAGAAUUUCAAAUAUUAGAAAUUAUAUAAUGUUAAAAUUUUCUCUGUUAACAUACUAUA